AUGGCGCGCACUAAACAGACCGCUCGUAAAUCAACCGGAGGAAAGGCUCCACGAAAGCAACUCGCAACAAAGGCAGCAAGGAAAAGUGCUCCAGCCACUGGCGGUGUUAAGAAACCUCAUCGUUACAGGCCAGGAACAGUCGCACUCCGAGAAAUUCGCCGCUACCAGAAGUCCACAGAACUUCUCAUCCGCAAACUCCCCUUCCAAAGACUGAUCCGUGAGAUAGCGCAGGAUUUCAAGACCGACUUGCGUUUUCAGAGUUCUGCCGUGUUGGCGUUACAAGAAGCGGCAGAAGCUUACUUGGUAGGAUUGUUUGAGGACACUAACCUUUGCGCAAUUCACGCCAAACGAGUCACCAUUAUGCCCAAAGACAUUCAGCUUGCGAGACGUAUUCGUGGAGAACGCGCUUAAUUGAACAUUCUUGGUACUUUUUCUUCACUUUUUGAUUGAACCUGUUUUGAUUUCAUUUGCACAUUUACUGUUACAAAUUUAUUCGAAGACACACAUAUACUGCAAGACGAGCAGAUGUAACUUGAAACCGAGCAAAAACUUCAUAAUAUAAUCACAAAUUUGUAACGUCUAUGUACAUAAAGCGUGUAAGAUAGCGAUGCAACUUCUAAAAAUUCAUCAGUGCUUAAGUUAUUUGUACAUAGAAGCAUCUCGUUUGCGUUCAUUUUAUCCUUCUCAUUGUAUCAGACGAGUGUAAUAAAACUAUUGUCAAUUAAUUUUUCUGACUCGUUCAAUAUUAACUAUAAAAAAAAAUUGUCUGACGUGAAUGGUUAUCACCAGCCCGAUUUGAGGACUAAUAGGACAGUGUGCGCUUCAUGCUUGUAAUUGGACAGUAAUAGGACAGUCAAGGGACAGUUAACACGUCAUGCCUGUAUAAGAAGACAGAACGCUUCAUGUGCGCGCUCUGUUGUCUCGCAUUUCUUCGAGUUAAAUGUUUUUUAUUGAAAACGUACGACCGAUUUCUAGUUUCUACCUCAAAUUCCAUCACAGUUUCGAUUAAUUGAUAACCGGACUUCGUGUCGUCCAAUUGUCUGUAACUCGUGAUUAACAAAUCGGACGAAAUCUUCACGAUAAUUAACUAGAUUGCGCUAUCUCUUUCCCUGAUUUCCCUUGCUAUCAAAUCAAAUAAAUUAGAGGCGAAGCAUUGAAAAAUUAAAGGAAAUUAUGGAGAGGGCUACUAAUUAUCCAGGGAUAGCUUUUUAACUAUAGGACCGCCGUGCGAUUUUACUUUCUCCGAUCAAAAAUCUUGGAACAAAUAAUUUUUUUGUUUGUAACAAACUUUAGCCCUAAGCGGUUCAGCCCUAAUUCAAAUCGAACUCUAGAGAAGCGCAAGAUGUUUUUUUUAUUUUGGUUUUCAUUACAUGUAAAGAAUGUACGGGCACCAUCAUGUGAAAUAGAAAUAUUCCAAACACUCGCACACAUGCAGGUUACCUUGCAUUUUACGAUGUUAGCUUCUUUUCUUUAAAUAAAUAAAUUACAGAUAUUAAACAAAUUUCUUCAGAAAUAAAAUGAUGUUCUCAUGAGAACGAUAUGCCUAAAUUAAAGCAGCUCGUGUUGACAUGAUUACGAGUACUCCUUGGCAAACUGGUAAAGAUAAUUCUUGGCUUUUCUCCGGAAAUAACUGAUCUGUAAAGCUUUCCAGUUUACGAAAAGACCCGUACACAAGAGCAGUGACUUGUCCAUCUUCAAUACUUUUAGUCGGAACAUUUUGCAAACGUACAAGCGCCGUAAUUAGAGACCACCAAGAUUUCGUAUGCCACCUGUUUUUAAGUCUGUUUACCGAUGAAAAUCGGCCUCCUCACAGCAGAUGAACCGGUGGACUGUACAUCGUUUCCACUGACAUGCAGCUACCUUAUG